AUGCUGGAGUGGUCGGGUGGUUUGCAGACCCGGGAAAGCUUUGAGAGCUGUGGUCCCUUGGCCUGGCAGCGGGGCGUGCGCUGGGGCAGGGCAGGCUGCCUGCUGUGUCUCGCCCUCGUGCCCGGCACCGUGCCCGUUGCGAACCCUGCUGCUCCCCUGCUCAGGUAUUCUGUCGACAUCCCGCUGGACAAAACCGUGGUCAAUAAGGACGUGUUCAGGGACCCCGCUCUGAAACGCAAAGCCAGGCGUGAAGCCAAGGUGAAGUUUGAGGAGAGGGUUCCCGUACUGCCCGUCGUUCUUUCCUUCCAGGUGGGCGUUUUUUUAGCAGAGGAGGAGAAGAACAGGCUGAGGCAGGAGAAGCAGGCGCUGAAAAAACAGCUGGAGGAAGUGAAGAAGAGGAUCCUCUGGGAGGAUCCGGUGAUGAUGCUGCCUGCCUUGCCAGAGAAGAAAAUGGUGUUCAAGGGACUUGUGACAAACAAGGAGGACAUGAAUAAGCUGGUGCUCACCCCGCUGAUCCGCUGCCCGCUGCUGGGGGGCUCAGCCCUCAUCACCUUUGAGAAGGCAGAGGGUAAGAGCACUGCCACAGCCGGGUCACGGCCCAUGGCAGCUCUGCGCUGCGCCCCUGGGCUCCGGGGCCGGCCCUGCCCUGCCCUGGCACCGACCAGCCUGUGCCACGUGCAGAUCGGGCUGACUCGGAGCCGCAGGAGUAUCCUGGUGUCUGACCUGCCCAGCCUGGGCAUCCCUGAGGAGGCACUGCUGGACAAGCUGGAGCUCUUCUUCAGCAAGACGAAGAACGGGGGCGGCGAGGUGGAGAGCAGGGACUUCCUGGACGACUCUGGCCAGGUCGUGCUGACCUUUGCGCAGGAUGGAGUGGCAGAGCCGCUGCUUGCGAGGGGACGCAUCCAGGUGCCUAUCGGGAAAGGAAAAUACGAGCUCAAAAUAUCGCCGUGCAUGAGCGGAGAUGUCACCAACCUGCAGGUAGGGGCAGGAGCGCUGGCGCAGGCAGCGCCGCUGGUGGCCGAGAGGAUCGUGAAGGCGAGGAACCACGUGCUGUCGGUCGGAGGGAAGCAAUACCCGCUGGAGGUGACGGCGCACGUUGCGGAGCUGAGCCCCGACGAGAUCUUUAUACGUGCUUGCGUGAUAGUUGACUAUGGCAAGCUUCCUGCUGGCAAAACCCUCCUGAGGAACUUGCAUGAAGGCUACAGCAACGUGCAGUUCAACUUCGACUCCAAGAGCACACACUGCAUGGUCAAGGGACCAUUCACUGAGCUACAGGCCUUCAGCAGAGACCUGCUGGGCAGCCUGAACCUCAACACACAACCUGUUGGAGAGAUCCUCAUGCCAGGUUCCAGCCAUGUGGCCAAAGAGAUCAGGAUGCACGAUCACCAGCAAGUGCCUGACUCUGCUGAGUCAGCAAGAGAGACAGCAAAGCUGCCACAUUGGGACCAACUGUGUGAAAAGGCAGCUGAAGUCCCAUCACCUCGGGGCCCAGUGGAUGGGGAAGCUGUGGAACAGCUGGAGGACUUUUCCCUAGUGAUGGACUCAGACAUUUACUUGUACAUGCAGAGAUUCUGUGCUGCUGAGUACCAAGGUGUGCUACGCCAGCAUCGUGUGGAUGUGGUGGACGUUAGCAGCGAUGGCAUUGCCAUACUGUACCUCCAGCCAGCUGCAGGUUUGUCUGGGGACAUGGACACCUUGCAGCAGGCCCACCUGGCCCUGCAGCAGCUCUACCGGCAGCUGGAGGUGAGCUUGCGCAAGGAGAAGAUCACCAAGGGAGGACUGGAUACGGACAGCCAGGCACUCAGGGCUCUGACACAUGAGCUGCAGAAACUGUAUCCCCAGCUGCUCUGCCAUGAGGAUGAGAAGCAGCUUUACCUUAUUGGAAACCUUGUUGAUGUGUCCCAGGCCAAGCAGUACCUUCAGGAUUUCAGCACCAGAAGACGUGCUGCACACACAGCUGGCAUGCUCGGCGGCUCCCUGCCCUCGCACCCAGCAACCUCCCGCACCACGGAGGCUGUGCUGCAGGAGCCCAAAGUGCCUGUGGACACCUCGCCCUCAGGGCUCAGCCCACGCAGGCCAGAGCUGAAGGGCGAGCUCAAGCUAGCUGCCAACUUCAAUGCUUGGAGAGCUGACAAGUCUAAGGUCAGCCAGGGCCUCUUGCUGCAUCAGGAUUCUCCACCGGUGGGACAGGCGCAGCUUUCUGGAAAGCUUUUGUCAGAGACAGAUGCUCUAGGUCCAAGUGACCCAACAGCACUGACCCAGCAGUACCAGCCUCAGGUCUCUGCAACAGAGGGGGUUAUGGGAUCAGCAGGAGAGUCUCAGCAGAAGGACCCCAAAGAGUGGGACCAUGUGAAAGGAGGUGCCAGGCUUACAAGACACAAGGCUCUGUCUCCCUUUGGAGGCAAAGAAAACAGCACUUCGCGGUGUCUUGGGGACUCUAAAGGCUCAGGUCUCAUCAAGCACCACUCCCUUGCUAGCACUCCCAGUACCUCUGAUGUGACAAAGACCUCUUCUGCGUUAGACUCUAAACCCUCUGAAUCCAGGCCUUUGCUGCGACGCUCCAACAGCUUCUCCCUGCCAAGGUCAAAGGACAGCGACAAGCCCCAAGACACUGGCAGGGCAGGCAGCGGAGGCAGUAGGGUGAGUGAAGAGCUGAGCCUGGACUCUCUGCAGUGGUCUUACCUGAGGGACGCUUGCCGUGCUGCUAUUGAUGAGCUGCGCAGGGGUGCGGGUGUGCAGAUCUUGGAGCAUCGUGCUGGGGACUGCACUGUGCUGACACUACAGGCAGCGGACAGGAGCAAGCUUUUCCAGGCUAAAUGGAAGGUGGAAGCUCUUGUGCAGAAGUGUCCUGACCUUGUGUGUCAGAGCGUGAGCUACUCGGAGCUCGCUGUAGAUGGUCCAGAUGACAGUGCCCUGAGUGAACUGUGCAGCCUCUUGCAAAGAAACUCCCUCCAGGUUGGUCUUAGUAAAGACAAGUACAAGCUGUAUCUUGCCUGCCCCAAGGAGAUGCUACCAGGAUUGACUGAGGCCUUCCACGUGUUUUCUUCCAGGAGACUCUGUGCCUUGAAAUCUUCAUCCUUUUCUCCAGGACCACAGAGUACGGGGCACUCAAGUGUCAUCCCGCCAAGCAGAAGCCAGGAUGCUGCGCUGGGUGCAGCCCUUCCCGGCAGCCUGGAGUCCCUACAGAUGGGCCUGCAGCACCUGAACAUCAGCAAUAAAGCAGACCACACCGGUGUGCUCAGGGCUGUCCGGCUGCCAGAGGCUGAGGAAAAGAGGCCCCCCAGUCCUUGGAGAUUCCAGCAGGUGCUGGAGCGGGAGGAGGCCAGUGACCGUGAUUCUGGGGCUGUGCAAGCAGUCAGCAGCCUUCUCAGUCCCAGCGCAGUGGAUAAGCCAAGUCUUGCUGGUCCGAGGGAGUCCCAGGAACAGCCAGAGCCAAAACUGUCUGUGGGGGAGCCUGACGUUGCGCGGCUGAAGCAGGUUUUGCCAGACAGAUUCCAGUUUGCAAGAGACAAGAGCAGAAGAGGCCACAAGGAAGCGACGGGACGGCUGCGGUCGCCGGGCUCCGGUGUGACCUGCCAGGCCCCCUGUGGUCAUGCCUUGUGCAGGACAUGUUUUGCAGCAGACAGUACACAGCCAGCUUGCUGCAGCUCCUCCUCGGUCGCCCUGAGCCACAAGAUCUCGGGGACAUUCAAGAUCUCCUCCCUGUCUCAGAGCCUGAGUGGCUACUAUCGAGACCUCACGCUGCAGGUUGCCUACAACAUCCCUGAUGGCGUGCAAGGGAGCCUGAGUGGCUACUAUCGAGACCUCACGCUGCAGGUUGCCUACAACAUCCCUGAUGGCGUGCAAGGGGUUGGUGACCCCCAUCCAGGACAGCCUUACAAAGGAGGCAAUUUCUAUGCCUUCCUGCCUGACAACAGGGAAGGGCAGAAGGCAGCAAUGCUGCUGAAGAAAGCAUUUGAGCAUGGGCUGACAUUCCAGAUCAAGUCCUGCAACGGAGAGGAAAGAGUGACAUGGGGCCUUAUCCCACACAAAACCUCCUGGGAUGGAGGCAAAGCCAGGAACGGCUAUCCAGACGCCCAGUAUCUCCGCAAACUUUGCGCAGUCCUGAAGAACCUGGGCAUCACCUGA